GGAACUGAUCGUGGACCAGAUACUAUUUGACAGCCAACAGCUGUUGUCCCGCGUUGGUAGAUUUAAAUCCGGACACAGAUCAGUGGUGGGUCAAAGAGGAGGACGAGCACCGGCGGCGAACCGCUAGAAUGAACAUGUCUGAACCAUUAACAUCAACAAAGUCCACACCGGAGAGUGGGCGCGAGCUGAAUGUUGAUCUUCGCACCAUCUCAGCAUCAGACAGUCUGACACAGUACGAUGAGAAAGACUCUGAACGACCAGAGAAGAUCCGUGCGGUUCCGAUCCAUCGGCGUCCGGACCUGCUGGUACCCUGCGCCGACCUGGUCAACUCCGAGUGGCAGAGGAGCCAGGCCGCCCGGGUUCACUCCCUCCAGAAGUCCUGUCCAGAGUUCCCCGUCUGCCUGGUUCUCCUGCGGGGCCACAGAGAGUCAGAGCGGCUGCUCGGCCACGCCCGGCUCUCCCGGGUCGUGGGUCACAGCAGCAGCCUGUUCGUCGAGUCGGUGGUGGUGUCCAAGGCGGAGCGAGGGAAGGGCUACGGCCGGACUCUGAUGGACGAGACGGAGCACUACGCCAAAGGCAGAGGGUUCAAGCGCCUGUGCCUGACCACCCAUGAUAAGCAGCACUUCUACGCCCAUCUGGGCUACGUGCUGUCCACGCCAGUGCAGAACGCAGGCGCCAUGACGGCGUUUGUUCCCAUGGAGAUGCUUCUGAGGUUCUCCAGAAUGCCGAGUGAAGAGGCGAGCACUCAGAAACAGACAAAGACGGAGGCUCAAGUGCAACAGGGGAACAGAGAUUCAGGAGGUGCUUGUGUUGUAGGGUCACCUCCACCUUCCAGUUUCCCUCCUCCUCUUUCCUGCAUUCCUCCUCCACCACCUCCUCCUCCUUCAAUCCCUCCUUCUCCUUCCAUCCCUCCUUCUCCUUCCAUCCCUCCUCCACCACCACCUCCUCCUCCUUCUAUCCCUCCUCCUUCUCCUUCCAUCCCUCCUCCACCUCCACCUCCUCCUCCUUCUAUCCCUCCUCCUUCUCCUUCCAUCCCUCCUCCACCCCCUCAUCCCCCUCAGUCUGCAGGGCAGCUCGUAGUUCAGACUCUGACUGAAACUCCCCACAGAGACGCCAAAGGAGUUCCCAUCUAUUGGAUGCACAAAGACAUUUGAGCUACACACAAUCAGAUACACUUGGGAAUGUAUUUAAUGCACACACGUAUGUUUAUAUGUGCACACAUCAAAAGACAGAAAUAUAUGCAUUUGACAUGUGAAGAACACACACAGAGGAGGACGUACAGGGUGUGGACAUCAGAGACAAAUGAUUUAGUAAACCAAAGAAAUGCAGACAACACAUUGAUUCACUGCCAUCACACGUGAAGACACAGUCAGUGUCUUUGGAGCACAGUGGAUAAAGGCCAGCAGAUAUCGCAACACUGCAGCAUAUCAUGUGAGAACUGCAACGCACCUGGCUUUAAUCAACCUUUUAUUCUCAGAGCUUGGCCCGUCAUUAUAAUAUCUUAGAAGUGAAGAAGAUGAAGGUGCUGGCUGGCAGCAGUUUGGAUACACUCAGCCCUCGUCUUCACUUCCAAGGGAUGGGACUUUUGAUUGUGACAAAGAUGGCAUUAAUUUAGAAAAAAACGACUUUAAUGAAAUUAUUUUUGCCCUUCGAGCAGCUCUGCUCCUCGAGUCCACCGUGCAUCUGCUGCUACAUUCAAUCAUUUGAUGCUGUAACUGGAGCUUUCAGUGUGCCUUGUUGAACUGCCAGAGAACUGAAGCCUUGUUAAGACUUCAUAUGUUGAUGCAUCUUGUUA